ACAUAUGCAUUGUUGAGUUGGGGGGAAUAGGAGGGGGCAAAUUGAGUUGGGUGUUGGAAAGGCAGAGCAAGAGGAGUAACAUAAUCAAACAUGGCGGUUAGGCAAAGAGCCGUGUCUGCACUUCCAACUCUUCUACGCACUCUCCGCAAAGAACCUUUGAAGCCUCGCAACCACGCACACGUCAAUGCCUUGCCCUCUCUUCGACGCGCUUUCUCUUUGUACGAUCAGAUCAACCUCAUCGAUCAAGUCCCCGAAGACCAGCUCCGAUUUCAAGGGUAUAAUGAUACGGGGUUUACUGUAAAUGGGGUUGAAUACGAAGGAAGCUUGCUUUGUGUUGGAAAUUUGCUCAUGUCUUGGAAACCUAAGAAGUUUUCAGAGAUCACUGCCGAUAGCUUGUCAAUCUUCCAAAUAGUUCGCCCUAUUCCAGAGAUUUUGAUUAUUGGCUGUGGAAAGAACAUUCAACAUGUAGAUCCUGAACUUAGACGGUUUAUUCGGUCUACUGGCAUUAAGCUAGAAGCUGUUGAUUCGAGAAACGCAGCAUCAACUUACAACAUACUGAAUGAAGAAGGUCGAAUUGUGGCUGCUGCACUUCUUCCACACGGAGUUUCUUCAUGAAGCUUGGACUUGUAUUCUUAGUAGCCAACAAUUGCUCCAAAGAUGUUCACCUCAAUGCCACAAAAUUUUUUAGCCCAAGUCCUUGGGACAUGCUUUGAUUUUCCAUUUAGAAAGUUUUGACAUAGUAAUAGGACAAUGUGAAUUAAACUCAAGUGAGUCCUUUGACGUCUGCUGAAGUUUUCAAAUGUAAUAAGGAGAAUUAAAAUGUACAGAGUGCAGUAAAUCCCUGCAAAUUUGGACUCUAAUGACUGGCUGUUUGGUUUUAAUGCUAUCUUACUUUGUUAGAG